AUGGGACUGUUUCUCGAACUAUCGUUGCUAGUGCUCACGGUGCACCUGCGUUUGACCAGCAGUGCCCCCGGCUGUUGCAAUCUGUGCUGUGAAGAACCGACGACACCAAAGCCAACGCUUCGGCCGACCGUGUUUCCUCCUGCGAUGGAAGAGGAAUGCGAUCUCGAUCUACAACCUCUGGACAGUGAUCAGCGGACGCGUGGUUUUUCAAGGGCUGGUAGAGGUGGUAGAGGAAGACCAGGUGGGGGUAGGGGACGGCCCGGUGGCGGAAGUGGACGACCAGGUGGGGGUAGUGGAAAACCUCCAAGCACUGGCGGCGGUAAGGGAGGCGGUAAUAAAGGAGGUACUGAUAAAGGAGGGACCAAUAAAGGAGGAGCUGAUAAAGGAGGGUCAAGUCAAGGUGAAAAUAUUAACAAUGCUGGACAGCAAGGAGGACCCUCUGCAGGUGGAAGUAGCGAGGGCAUGUCGAAGUGGGAUAAAGCAGCGGUUGUGAUCGGCGGUGUGAAUUCUGGAGCAAAUGUGGGAAAUUUGGGACUGGGAAUUUACGAACUUGCCAAUCAGGCAGAGGGAGAGCAAGGGGAACAGGAACAAGAGGAACAAGAGGGCGGUGCAGAACAGGGAGCGGAAGAAGAAGCAGAAGAAGGAGCCGAAGAAUAG